AUGGAAAAAGAAGCUUUCGUCGAGCUAGUUGUUGCAUCAGAUGCUGCCACCUCACCUGUCAUCGGUUUAUCAGGGAUUGACAAAAACAGAGGGGGAGUGGUGUUACAGUGUGAGUCUGCAGGCUGGUAUCCAGAGCCUGAGCUGCUGUGGUUGGACGGUGAGGGAAACCUCCUCUCUGCUGGACCUACAGAGACCCUCAGAGGUCCUGAUGACCUCUAUACUGUCAGCAGCAGAGUGACUGUGGAGAAGAGACACAGCAACAACAUCACCUGCAGAGUCCAACAGAAGCAAAUCAGCCAGAGCAGAGAGACACACAUACAUGUUCCAGAGGAUUUCUUUGAGGUCCCAUCCAGUUCUCCCUCUGUCAUCAUUGGUUUGGCUGUUAGUUUGGCUCUUUGCAUCAUGCUGUUAAUUUCAUCAGCUGCUGUCCUUUUAUGUAGAAUGAAGAAACACAAGAACAACAGAAGCCCAGAGGAUCAGACUGACGGGGAAGGUGCUGACGUUCCUCUGAGAAAGACAGAGAGAGAGAAAGAAAAUACCAGCAGCUCUUCUCCCAAAACUAAGAAUAAGACUUCAUGCGAAACAGAAGUCAGUAUUCAUCCUAAAGAUGUAAUCACUCUGCUAAAGAUCUAA